UCAUGAACUAAGAUGAUUUCGAGGUAUUAUAUAUCGAUGUAGAGAUUAUUAAAGAUCUCAGUUGAAGUCAGCGAUCCAAAGGUUUAAUCGGGACUUAACAAGUACACAACUUAUUCAGUCCGAGGAAUGGAUAAGAAUGGAUAAUUUGAUGUAAUACGUAGGUUUAGUGAUUUUCGACUUAUUCGUCAAUUUCUUAUAACAAAGUGGCCUGGUUGUUAUAUUCCACCACUUCCACCAAGAAAGGCAAUUGUAUAUUUAAAUAUUCUACAAUAUUUAGGGAAACAUGGAUUAGAAGUUCAUAGAUGAUAGAAUGAAUUCAUUAUAAGAAUGGAUGAGGAUUAUGGCUCAAACUAAAUACUUCUGGUAUUCUGAAGAAUUUUAGUUAUUUAUUAAGUCUAAUGGUGAUAUUGAAAAAGUAAAUAAAACACUUAUUUUUAGGCUUUGUCAUAAGUACCAAAAUUGACUUACGAUGAAAUAAUAAACAAAUAUUAAGAUACUUUUACUGAUCUUUCAGGAGUAAUUAUUUUUUUACUUAAUGAAUUUAGAGAGAAAUCAAUAGAGAAUUAAUUCAAAAAAUAACAGAUUUUCAUUAAUUUCUAAAAAGAGUGAAUCCAAUGGUUGAAAAUUUUAAAUAAAUUGCUAAGUAUAUUAUUUCUAAAAAUUAUAGAAAUAUAGCUGAAGCAAAAUAAAAUUUUUAAGAAUAAAUGGCUAAUUUCUUAUAAAAUUAAUUGGGUGCUUAUGAAUAGCAAGUUUUGUUAGAGUUUAGUGAGAGUUAAGAUAAAUUAGUAAUAUAGAACAUAAAAAAUGAUGAGUAUCCAUCUUAAUUGCUAAAUAAUUACAUUAAUUUAUUACAAUAGAAUGAAUUUUAAUCAUUAUAUUAAGAAAUUAAGAAGGAAUCAAAAUAAGUGAGGGCAUUUUUAGAAACAAUGAUAUAAAGAGAGAAAUAUGAAUAGUAGAAGGUGUUUUAUGAAUAGAAAUAAAAGGAACUUUAAAUUUAAUUGUAAGAAGUAUUGGCAGGAAAAUCAUCAAUAAAGAACUUAUUUAGUACAACAAAGAAGGAAGAUUAAAUAGCAAAGUUAUAAGUUUAGAUUGAUUAGGUGUGUAAGGAUAUUGAAAAUAUGUAAUUUAUAUGUGAUAUACUUACUGUAUUAUUGGGAUAUAUAGAGAUUGACAAAUUCAAGGUAAAAAUUAGGUUGAAUGGUAGUUGGAGAAGUAGUAGAAUUAUUAUAGAUUGGCAAAGAGCUUAAUUUAAUAUGAAAUCCAAUUAAACCAAGCAUCAGAAGAGUUUUGGGAAAGAGUUUAAUAAAAUUAUAAUUUAUUGUGA